AUGAGCGUGCUUGCGCCGCCACCCUCGCCCACCCCUUCGCACCUCGACGUCGUCCUCUCCGACUCGGACAUCAACCUCGACCACCGUCCCUACCACCAGCACCUCCAGAAGCAGCGCUUCGACAUGCCCUCCAACGGUAACCCCCCCGCAUCCCUCAAGCGCAAGCCGUCCCUACAGACCCCUCUCAGCGAUGCAGAAAACCAGCAGCCAGAAACAACCCCCUCCAACGACUCAAAGCCCACCCCGACAAAGAGGGCAAAGACUGAGUCUCCGCUGGUCGACAUCAAGAAUGGCAAACUUCACUUCAAGCAGAAACCUUUCAAUUGGUCCCUAACCAUGCCAGUCAUGCGGGCAAUCAUCGACUUCCAGACCUUCCUCUCGGGCGCCGGCAAGCUAGACGAGGUGCCCCAGGACCAGCUGCACGUCAUCGCCAAGCUAGUCCAGGAGAGCGACAAGACAAUCAACGAGCUGGCCAAGCUGGUCCGCAACUCGCUGAUGCCCGAGGCCGACCUAUUUUCCGACGAGAGUCAGAACUCGGCAUCCUCGACAACGACCUCACCGAGGUCCAAGCUGACGCUCCCGCUCAUCGUCAACGCGAUCGAAAAGGUGGCUGAGCGACGCAACUACGGCCUCGACAUUUCGCACAUCUCUUCGGCCUCAUCGGGCCUCGCAUCCGACGACAUCACCAUCCCGGCCGGCCUGCAGCUCUGGCGCUGGGAGGUUCGGGACACUUCGCUCUUGCCAAAGGAGAACCUCGAAAAGAUUGUCGCACGGAGAAAGGAGCGCGAGGCCGUGCGGGACCAGGCGGCUGCGCUCUUCGCCAGCCUGCCGGAGACAGAGCGACAGGCGCUGCUCAAGAGGCGAGCCAAGGCGGCCGGUGCGGCAGUCAAGGAGAGCGCAGCCGCAACCGCGACCGCGACGUCGAGCAGCCGGGCCAUCGAGCCCAUCGUCAUCGACGACGAUGGCUCUGAGGGCGACGUCGAGGCAGGCACGUCGAAGCAGCAGACGCCGUCACGGCCCCGCAAGCGCCAGACGUCCAAGGAGUCGUCUGGCCCUACGACGCCGGCCAGCAGCAACUCGUCUUCGCCGCGCAAAAAGGAAAAGGCGACGCCCAAAGCCGAGCUGUCGCCAGAGAAGCUGAGGGAGAAGGAGGAAAAGGAAGCGGCCAAGGCGGAAAAGCUCAAGCUCCAGCAGGCGCGCAAGGCAGAGAAGGACGCACGAGACGCCGAGGCGAAGCGGAAGAGGGAGGCAAGGGCGGCCGAAAUCGAAAAGGAGCAUAAGCUUCAGCAGAAGCAGGCGAGCUUCCUCACCUCCUUUAUGCAAAAGGCGCAGGCCAAGACUGCCAAGCGGCCCGUGCUGACCACGGUAGCAUCGCCGGGCAAGAGCGACUUUGACCGCACGUUUUUGCCGUGCCAGUACAAGGAUCUCGCGCCGAUCAACCGCUUCCACAAGCCGCAGCAGGAGCUCGAGCUAGACCGCAGCGAGCUCACAAAGGACCAGAUGCUGGCGGACCUCAAGCAGAUGGGACGACGAGGCGCCCACCGUGCGCCACGGCCCAAGGGCGUCCACCCACCGGUCUCUGUCCGCGAGAUCAAGCGGAUCGUGACUGAGUCGGACGUGCUCGGAGGCAACGCCGAGGAACUGGCACGAAAGGCGCUCGAGGACCUCAAGGACCGCAAAAAGGUCCCCAUCAAGCUGCUGAGCUUCAUCUCGGAUCGCCGCCCCGGCUGGUACGGCACGUGGACCAAGUCGACGAACCUUAUCGGCCCGCGCUGUCCGCUGUCGCAAGAUCCCGUGGCGCUCGACUACAACCACGACAGCGACGCCGAGUGGGAGGAGCCCGGGCUGGUCGACGGCGACGACGUCGCGGACGGCGAUGAUCGCGAGGAGAGCGCCGUCGACUCGGACGAAGACUCGGAGAUGGACGACUGGCUCGUCGAUGACCUCGAGGUCGAGGAGGAGGACGACGCCAUGGCCUUGGACGACGACGGCGACAUUGUCGAGGUCGACGCCCAGGGUCGGCCCCUUCCGGCGUCGUCGAGGCAACCCCUGCUCGGACCGCGCGACUCGCCCUUUGCCAGCUCCACACCGGCAUCGACGGCGGCAUCGAGCGCCAACAUCCUCAAGCCGAAGAAGAAGAAGGUCAAGCUUCUCGGCCGCCGCUUCGACAGCAAGCUCGUCCCCUUUGCCACCGGCCCGCACUGGGAGGCGGUGCUGGGCCAGCCCGAGUACGAGCACUUCCAGGGGUACCAGAUCGAGUUCCUUAACGACGCCUGCUUCGGACUGGAUCCAUUCACCUUCCACACUACCUCCGAAGAGGACAAGAUUCCCGAGGCCACGCUGCCCAGCACGUCGAGCGGACUGCUGAGCAGCCCGAGCAAGCCCUCUUCUUCGGGCUCGAGCUCAAAGCCACCGCUGGCGGGGGGCGUGCUGGCCUCACUCUGGGGUGUCGCCAAGCCUGAUGGCGCCGGCGCCGAGGCUGCCGCUGCUGCCACGUCGAGCCCGACUGCGCCGACGCUCAAGCAGAGCUUUCCUGAAUCCGAGGUGCCCAAGCUCCUGCGCGCCAUCGAAGGGUCGACCAAGACGCGCCCGGGACUCGUCGACGAUCUCAAGGAGCUCUUUGAGCCGCUGGGCAGGCUGGUUUCCAAGAACGCCCUCAACGAGCGUUUGCCGUUCUACGCGGCAAAGGAGGGCAAAAAGCAGGGCGCGGCGUGGAGGGUCAAGGAGGAGUAUCGCAGUCUGGCGGGACUCUGA